CUGGUAUCCACGCUAAGGCUAUCUUAAACAACCCGAGUACAUAUGAGAUUUUGAAGCCCGAGGAUUUCGGUAUGACGCGAUAUGUUUCAAUUGGGCAUCGUUUAACAGGAUGGAAUGCGGUCAAAAAUCGAGUGGAGCAAUUGGGGCUUAGUUUAAACGACGACCAAGUUAAGAAGAUUACUGCAAAGAUUAAGGAAUUAGCAGAUAUUCGUCCACAAAGUAUGGAAGAUGUCGAUAAUUUAUUGAGAGAUUUUCAUUAUGCUGUUGCUUCUGGAGAUGAAUCUCGUGUUAAAACUGUUUUAUCUGCUCCCAUGGCAAUUUAA